AUGGCGGCAAUGCGCGCGCCACGCCGCCACACGGCCGCGCCAACUUCAGGCCGCAGGCCUGCUUUUCGAAACGACCGUUGCUCGCGCGCGCGCGCGCGGCGGUGGCGUCGCUUCGCUGCAAGAGAGUCUACGCGGUUUGAACGGCGCGACGCGAUUUCGCGCGGACGAUCGCUCGCGCGAAAUCCUCUCGCGAGCGUCGCAAAGGGAUCGUCGGCCCCGUCGGAGUCGCACGGAGCUGCAGCCGCCGCGCGAGACGGCUAUCGAUCGCCGGCGCGGCCGGUUUGCCGCGGGAUUGCGGAUCCGGAGCGAUCGAAACGUGCCGCUUUCAGGGCAAGAUGGAGUCGGGCCGAUCCGCCGGAUCUACGAGCUCGAGACGACGCGGUAGGCCCCGGAGGGAUUCGAACCCUCGAUCUCCUGUUUACUAGACAGGCGCUUUAACCAACUAAGCCACGGCGCCGUUGCAGAGAGGUAAAGUACCUACUCUUUAUGAAUGUAUCUGGGAAAUCUGGACUUUGCGCUUCGGUUUAAAAAUUGAAUUGUACUGCCUGUGAUACUUUACAUUGCGUCCGUUUUCUUGCGCGCGUUGUACACUUUUCGGCGCGUUAUACGCGUGUCACGGCCUCUGCCUUGGGAAGUUGUCGUUUGUAUCACGUGAAAGAUACAAAAUAUGUAUAAUUGCAAAAGGUAACGCGCGUUCGCAAGUGGUGGUCGAGCUGAGGUUCAAUUAUUUCCUAUUAUCUUUCAUUAAAUAACACUAAUAAAUUAUACGUAAAACAGAUGGUGUGAGAUACGGGGAAUGCAAUUUAAUAAAUAUGACCAAUUUAACUUUUAAAUUUUUUUCAGUGUAAAUUUUGCAUUUUUUAACACGAAUUGUAAGGCGACGCUAAACUUUUUCGAACUUGAGUUAAUUUAUCACGAAUUUCUCUUCUAUAAUUACAAACUU